AUGAUCAUGAACAGGUGGAUACCACAGUGGCCAGCCCGACCGUCCACAAUCCUUCGUGUCUUUUAUGCUCUCGACCUUCCUCCCUCCCCUCCUCAUAUUAACUCAUAUCAUGUUUUGGAUGGUGUUCUUGCCGCAGUGUGGAAAGCGUACUGGCGCACAAUUUUUGACAACGUGCCUUUUGUUCCUAUCAAUGUAGUUGUUUCUACAGGACGUACCAUCUUGGUGAAGACCAUGGGUGAGAGAGCAAGUCCAAAGGGUAGUACGUGGAAUUGCUAUGUGUACCCCUUUCAACAGAACUGGAGACUCCGUCUUGAAAUGGUGUCGAAGUAA